AUGAGUACAUCUUAUUUAACGAAAGGCGCUUUAGGCGCAGGUGUUGGCUUAUUUAUCUAUGCUGGGUUAACAUAUAUGUUAACAAAUAAUGGUUUUCGUUUUGAUAUUGGUUGGUUUCUUUUAUCUAUUUCACCUUAUCAAUGGGCAUUGGUUGGCAUUGCAUUAGCCGUGUCACUUUCUGUUCUUGGAGCAGCUUUAGGAAUUUUUGCAACUGGUGUUAGUAUAAUAGGUGGCGGUGUUAAAGCACCACGUAUUCGAACAAAAAAUCUUAUUUCAAUUAUUAUGUGCGAAGCUGUUGCUAUUUAUGGACUUAUCAUGGGUAUUGUUAUAUCUGGUUCAAUUACUAGUUAUCAAACAACUCGACCUGAAGAAUUAGCUCUUAAAUAUCGUGCAGGUUAUAAAUUAUUUGGCGCUGGUUUAACUGUUGGCUUAUGUAAUUUAUUUUGUGGUGUAUGCGUUGGUCUUGUUGGUUCAGGUGCAGCUUUAGCUGAUGCUCAGAAUUCAUCAUUAUUCGUUCGUAUUCUUAUUAUUGAAAUUUUUGCUAGUGCAAUCGGUCUUUUCGGUCUUAUUGUUUCUAUAUUACAGUCAAAUGGAGCAAGUUUAUCCGACUAA